AUGACCGACUAUACGCGGUGGACCAAAGAGGCGUUGGUCCAGCGGAUCCAGGAGCUCGAAGAGCAGGCGGUGCUGACCGAGCAGAAUGGACUGUCUGGAGGCCCAACAAUAUCACAGCUGGCACCCUCGACCACCCCAAAACCAAAAAAGACCAUCGACCCCAGCCGGUAUGGCACGCGGUAUAUUGCGCUGCGAAUCGCCUACCUGGGUAAACGGUAUGGCGGCUUCGAGUACCAGCCGUCAGGCGCACUGCCGAGUGUUGAGGAGGAGCUGUGGAAGGCGCUGGUCAAGGCGUGCCUGAUCUUCCCCGAGCCCGGCGCGGCGGCGCAUGAGGUGGACUUUAACAUUUGCGAGUACAGCAAAUGCGGCCGCACAGACCGGGGCGUCAGCGCGUUCGGUCAGGUCGUGGCCCUGCGCGUUCGCAGCAACCGGAAGCGGACGGCCAAGGUGGUGGAGAGGGGCGAGGAAGAUGGGGCAGAGGCGGACGGCGAGGGAGGAGGACGAGGACGAGGACCAGGAGGACCAGGGGAUGCGGCGACGUCAACGGGGCCGGAGGCCGGGGCCGUCGCCGGCGAGGAGAGCAGCCUGCCACUCCCGCAUGAAGAGAUUCAGUAUGGCAAGGUGCUCAACCGGCUAUUGCCGCCCGACAUCCGCGUGCUGGCCUGGUGCCCGAACCCGCCGCCCGGCUUUUCGGCGCGCUUCUCGUGCCGUGAGCGGCGGUACCGCUACUUCUUCACACAGCCAGCCUACUUUGGCUCCUCGCAGCCCUUGUCGUCCGCCGAGGGCGGCCCCUCUGAUGGCUGGCUAGAUAUCGACGCCAUGCGCACGGCCGCCCAGCAUUUUGUCGGCCUGCACGACUUCCGCAACUUCUGCAAGAUCGAUCCCAACAAGCAGAUCACCAACUUUGCACGCCGCAUUUUUGACGCCGACAUCGUCGAAGUGCCCGGCCUGCACGCAUCGCUCGACUACUACGGAGGGUCAUCCAGCAUCAAGGUGUACUCCUUUGACGUCCGCGGCUCAGCCUUUUUGUGGCACCAGAUCCGCCACAUGGUCGCCAUCCUGUUCUUGGUCGGCCAGGGCCGCGAGUCUGCCGAUGUCAUCCCGCAACUCCUCGAUGCGUCCGCCAACCCCGGUCGCCCAGCCUAUGCCAUGGCCGAAGAAGGUCCCUUGGUGCUGUGGGACUGCAUCUUCCCGCCGGCUGUCCCUGCGGACGCUCCCGAGGCCGCCAUCGACCACCCAGACGCCGGCAACUGGUCCGACAGCCUGGACUGGUUCACGGUGGCCGAGGAGGCGCCUGACAGCCGCAUGAUGCUGGACGGGCUGUGGCGCGGCUGGCACGAUGCCAAGAUGGACGAGAUCCUGGCGAACCAGCUGCUGAAUCAGGUGACAAAGACCCCGGUGCCCGGCCAGGCGCAGCUGCCCACGCCGCCGGCCAAAAAAAGCCACGUCUAUGAGGGUGGCAGUGGCCCGCGGCUGGGCGGUGUGUACGUUCCUCUCAUGAAGCGGUCACGCCUCGCCUCGCCCGAGGAGCAAAACGACAAGUUUGCACGAACAAAGGGCUUUGCUAGCUCGGCGGCCAUGCGCGAAGUGGGCAACUGGCGGACAGCCAUCCGGGAGAUGAAGGAGGCCGAGGCAACAAGCCGGACAUCCCCGGCAUUGGCAGCCGAAGCAGAGAAGCGUGUGUCUGCCCAGAGCGAGCAAUCAUGA